AUGUGGCUCCUCACAGUAAACAAGGUCUUAAGGAAAAUGCAGAGACGCCACAGCAGUAACACGGAUAACAUUCCACCUGAAAGAAAUCGCAGCCAAGCACUCAGCCCCGAGGUGAGCGUGGAUGAAGGGGGCGUCUUUGAGAGCCUGAAGGCAGAAGCCGCCUCCCCGCCCGCGCUCUUCUCCGGCCUCUCCGGCCUCCCGGCAGGCAGCCUUCCAGCCGCCCCGUUCCCAUCCAGCCUGGUGCUGGGGGCCUCGGCCAGUGGCGGGGACGUGUUCAUCCAGAUGCCAGCAUCCAGAGAGGAGGGUGGAGGCCGGGGCGAGGGGGGCACCUACCACCACCGCCCGCCCCACCACCACUUUCACCACGGAGGACACCGCGGGAGCUCGCUGCUGCAGCACGUGGGCGGGGACCACCGCGGGCACGCCGAUGAAGCGGGUGAUGAGCACCCGGGCACUCCCGCCCCUGCCCUGUCCGAGCUGAAGGCGGUGGUCUGCUGGCUCCAGAAGGGCCUGCCCUUCAUCCUGAUCCUCCUGACCAAACUGUGCUUCCAGCAUAAGCUCGGCAUUGCUGUGUGCAUCGGGAUGGCCACCACCUUCGCCUACGCCAACUCCACCCUCCGAGAACAGGUCUCUCUGAAGGAGAAGAGGUCAGUGCUGGUCAUCUUGUGGAUCUUGGCCUUUCUGGCGGGGAACACCCUAUAUGUGCUCUAUACGUUCAGUUCCCAGCAGCUGUACAACAGCCUCAUAUUUCUGAAGCCCAACCUGGAGACCCUGGACUUCUUCGACCUACUGUGGAUCGUGGGGAUCGCAGACUUUGUACUGAAGUACAUCACUAUCGCCCUCAAGUGCCUCAUCGUGGCCCUGCCCAAGAUCAUCCUGGCUGUCAAGUCCAAGGGAAAGUUCUAUCUGGUCAUCGAGGAGUUGAGCCAGCUGUUCCGAUCGCUGGUCCCCAUCCAGCUGUGGUACAAAUACAUCAUGGGUGACGACUCCUCCAACAGCCACUUUCUGGGAGGAGUCCUGAUGAUCCUCUACAGCCUCUGCAAGUCCUUCGACAUCUGUGGCCGCGUGGGUGGACUCAGGAAAGCCCUGAAGCUUCUUUGUACCUCUCAGAAUUACGGAGUCCGGGCCACUGGGCAGCAGUGCACAGAGGCUGGUGACAUCUGCGCCAUCUGCCAGGCCGAGUUCCGGGAGCCUCUGAUCCUUAUGUGCCAGCACGUGUUCUGUGAGGAGUGCCUCUGCCUCUGGCUGGACCGCGAGCGCACCUGCCCGCUCUGCCGCUCCGUUGCCGUGGACACCGUGCGCUGCUGGAAGGACGGGGCCACUUCGGCACACUUCCAGGUGUACUAGCCCCGAAGCUCCGGCACGCCCAGGGAGAUGACGGAGGGUCCGUGUUGUCGGGUCCGGCUCUGGGACUUCCUGGAAAACAGGCCGCAAGCUCUUAGUGUCCUGCCUCCUGCCUUUCUCCACCUCUUCCCCUAAAGCUUUCCGUUCUCCCCA